CACAGGGCCAGGAUGCUGGUGGCCGUCUUGGAAAGUCUCUCGGUGCUGCAGUGGGGGGAUUGUACUCUGGGAAGCGUCUUAAGGGGGCCUACAAGAAAGCUGGGGAGGGACUUUUUAGGAUGUCGGGUAAUGGCAGGACUAGAGGGAAUGGCUCUAAACCAGAGAUGGGACGAUUCAGACUGGACGUUAGGAAGAAGUUCUUCACCAUGAGGGUGGUGAGACACUGGAACAGGUUGCCCGGGGAGGUGGUGGAAGCCCCAUCCCUGGAAGUUUUUAAGGCCAGGCUGGACGGGGCUCUGAGCAACCUGAUCUAGUGGGAGACGUCCCUGACCCAGCAUGGCUGUUAUUCUCUCCUUUCUUCCAACUAACUCAUUACACAUGAAAUUUUGAGUACUGUAGCUUUAGUUCUUGAGUUUUAUGGUGCUUUAUUAAACUCUUUAGCCCAUUCUUGUGCUGCCCAUUUUUGUCCAUACUUAGUGCAACCACUGGACUAAGGAAUACUUAAUGGAUGUGCCUGUCAGAUAACAACUGCAGCCACUGGAGAGUAAGACAUGGUACAUUUGAACCUCUUCUCUACCACGUUUUAGCAGCAAAUCUGAAAACCAUUUUAUGAAAGAUGGCAAGUACUGCUAUCUUCAUUCAAUAAAUGGCAAUCUGGACUAAAGAUUAGGCCUCACAAAGACAAGCCAGAAGUCUCAGCCUGCCUUACCUGCAGGACCUGUGGCUUCCAGCAGGUCCAGCGACGGCCUUUGAGUGCUCGGUCCCAACCCAGUCUCCACCCCACAGACUGCUGCAGAGAGAAGGUCCGGCGGGAGAUGCCGUGCUUCCGUGGGCAGCAGGGAUGGAGGCCAGGCUUGUUUCGACUCGUCUGGGCUCACUGCUGUUAGGGGAGGUCAGGUGCGUUCACUGAACCAGCAGAAAAAAAUAACGCUGCUGUGAAAAAAAGGAAGUUUCCUGCCAGUUCUCUCCCUGAAGCAGCUCCCUGCGGAGUUGUGGGCAGCGGGGCCAGCCGCAGGACAGCGGUGGCAGGGUGCUGGGGGGUGGGUCUGACCUCCUCUCAGUGCCUGCUAGCCGGCGGCAGGGCUAAGCCUUAAGGCCAGGCCUGAGCAAGAAGAGGCGUUUGAACAUCUUGUCUGGGGGCACAAGCAGAGGUAUGGGGGACAGUGUCAUCUCCAGACCCAAAGGGCAAGGCUCUGUGACACCAAGUUUCCAUGCAGUAGCUGUCUACGUAGGCAUCCCUGGUCCUGCUCACCGUAACCUUCCAGGCCACCAAGGAGAUUCAAAGCUCCAGCAGAGACCUGCCAGCCUCGUGUGAUGAACCGCCGCUUGCCAGAACUUGCACUGAGCUCCCCGGGAUGCUGAGCUCCUGACCACUCCUGAUUCCUCACUGUGCUGCUGGCAGAGGGGAAUUGACGUCCAGUUUGGGACAUUGGGCAGAGCCAAGCCCGUUACCAUCGUCUGUGCCCUUGGUGGACUGGGGCACUGGGCUGGACCCCCUGCUCUGAGGAGGAUCCACAUGAACAAGGGACAGAGUUUAGGCUGUCCCUAGUCACUCUGGUGGGAAGAGCUGCCUCCCUCCUCCUCUCAGGCUGGGAACCAGGUCACUGCUGGAAGCUGGAGAUGGUGCCACAUGGACCCACGGCCGGGGCCAGCAGCCUGGCGGCAGAGCAGUAGCCGAGCCCGAGCACCAUCGCUGGGCUUAGUGCUGCCCUGGGGGCUGCCGGCGUCCCCGCAGCGGCCGCGCUCCGGGGAUGUAGGUGCCGGGCGCAGGAGAGGUGCCGGGAGCGAUGGGCCGGCUGGAUGACCACGCCAAGAGGAGGAUCGUGGAGCUGCGCAGGGCUGGGCUGAGCUUCCGCAAGAUCAAGAAGGUGCUGGAGCUGGACGACAUCCGGGUGACACCACAGGCCGUGUACCUCUUCCUCAAGCGGAAGAGCGUGGAGCCGGGGCCGGCGGCAGCUGGCUGGGACGGGGACCAGCCCUGGCCCCCGCUGCGGGGGCACGAGGCUGAGCCGCCGGGUGCCCAGCCCCCCGCAAUGCCUGGCGGGGUCCCUGCAGGCAGCCGGGCGCCCUGCCCCGCUGGCAGCCAGGACACCAAGGAAGGCAUCCGGAUUGUCAGCGUGGCCUCGCUCUGCAAGGACAGUGAGCAGCUCGGGGAGAACCUGCCCAUGGGACUGACCCCUGGGAACGGCGAUGAUGGCUCCACAAGUGUCCCCUUGGCUCCAGGGAGCUGCCCCCCUCCGGGGGUGCCAGCCACCCUCCCGGAGCCCCUGCCCAGCCCAGGGCGGCUGGUUGCACCCCCCACCAGGAACCCAGCCCUGAUGAUGAAGAAGAAGAUCGUGGACAGGGCCAUCCUCCUGCAGAAAAAGGUCAAAGAUGUCAGCACUCAGACUGCCCUGCCGAACCCUGCAAGUCCUGGAAACCAAAGCCUUGCUUGGGGCGGACCAGUGCUUCCCCCCACUCCCAGCUCCCAUGCCAUUGCCGAAAAGCUGGAUACUGUACAGACAGAGAUCCAGAAGCUGAGCCAGGCCCUGCACGCCGUGCUGGAGCGGCAAUGCCGCCUGGAGCGCCAGCAGGAGCACCAGCAGCGGCUGCAGCAGGAGGUGCUGAUGACGCUGCAGCAGCUCAGCUCCACCGUGAGUCAUGGCACGGUGCCAGCGAACCAGCCCUGCGUCCCCUUCAGCAGUGUGGCCGAGCCCUCGCCCACCGUGCCAAACUUCAGCCAGUUCAAGAUGGAGCUCAUCUGACCUCACGUGACGCCAGCGUGCUCUAGCAGCGCUGCGCUGAUGGCAGGAUGAAGCCGUGAAGAAGAACCGCCUCUCAGAGGCUGUGGGCAGCUGCCUAAGGAUUAUGUGGAGCACCCGGCGGAGGAGAUCACCAGUGCCUCACGUUUUCAGCCCUGUUGACUGAAAGGGGCUGCCUGGCACAAGGGGCAGGGCAAUGGAGAGCUGAGGCCUUGCUUCUCCUGUGCUGCCCAUCCUGGGUGACACUGGAGCUGGCUGGUGGCCCACGGACUUCAGCAGUGCAGACAGGCUGCCUGCAAGCAAAGGCUACAACUAAGAGAGACAUAGCUGGGAGGCGGGUCUCAAAGAAAAAGCGGGGCUUCCUCUCCUGAGGGUCAGUGCCGUGACAAUCAAUCACAGAAAGGCUUUGCGCUCUCUCUCUGCAGAGCCUCGUUCAGUAAAAAUCUCCAUACACCCUG